GGGGAAAAAGAAAUUCCCCAAUUUCAGUUCAAACUAUUUUUUAGUCGCAAGUAAUGCGAAUUGAGAAACGAAGAUACAGAAUUCUUCCAACGCUUCCAUUGAAGUCGAUCGCGAGCUCUUGCUGGAUUCCGAUUCAUUGAUUUGUUGUUGAUUUCACCGUUUUGGUUAUACAGGUGUUCAAUCACGAGAUCCAUUAAUGGAAAACUCAAUCAAGCAUCGAUUAUUAUCAGUCGCCAUUUUCAUUCUCCUAAAUCUUCACAUCACCAUUGCUGAUCUGAGCUCCGAUACUGAAGCUCUCCUUAAGUUCGCUUCAUCAGUGCCACACCUCAGAAAACUCAACUGGAAUUCCACUAUCCCGAUUUGCAAUUCGUGGUUUGGAGUUAAAUGUAACGACGCCGGAACACGUGUCACCGCCGUUCAUCUCCCCGGCGUCGGACUUUACGGCCGGAUUCCGCUAAAUACCAUCGGAAAACUAGACGCACUCAAAAUCCUCAGCCUCCGUUCCAACUUUCUCACCGGGAAUCUUCCUUCUGAUAUUCCGUCUAUUCCUUCUCUUCAAUCUCUCUACCUUCAACAUAAUAACUUCUCCGGUAACAUUCCUCUUCCUCUUUCCCCUAAAAUAACUGUUCUAGAUCUCUCCUUCAAUUCCUUCUCCGGCGACAUUCCGCCGGAGAUAAAAAAUCUCACUCGUCUCACCUCAUUGAACCUCCAGUUCAAUUCGUUUUCCGGCGCCGUUCCCGAGUUUAACCUCACUAGGUUACGACUCCUAAACGUUAGCUACAACACCUUAACCGGUUCAAUCCCUGAACCCCUCCAGAAAUUUCCAGUUUCUUCAUUCGAAGGGAACUCAUUCUUAUGUGGACAACCUCUAAGUCUAUGUUCAUCUUCUUCUUCUCCGAUCAGUCUCCCAUCUCCGGCGAAACAUAAGAAACUCAGUACCGGAGCUAUCAUCGGAAUCGCAAUAGGAGGAUUGUUUGUACUAAUUCUACUCGCUAUCUUCUUCGUUUGUUGUUUGAAGAAGAAAAACGACGAAGAUUCAGUCCGUUCGUUGAAAGUCAAAGCAGUGACGGCUGGGAAAAAUGAAAAGUCCGAUGACUUUGGAAGCGGAGUUCAGGCGGCGGAGAAGAAUAAGUUGGUUUUUCUCGAUGGAAGUGGUUAUAACUUCGAUCUUGAAGAUCUGUUGAGAGCGUCGGCGGAGGUUCUCGGAAAAGGAAGCUAUGGGACAGCGUAUAAGGCGAUUCUGGAUGAAGAAACGACGGUGGUGGUGAAACGAAUUCGAGAAAUUGGGGUGGCGAAGAAGGAAUUUGAGCAGCAUAUGGAGUUUGUAGGGAGGAUCGGAAAACACCCGAAUAUUGUUCCGGUGUGCGCUUAUUACUUCUCCAAGGAUGAAAAGCUUCUUGUUUACGAGUAUAUGUACUCCGGCAGCCUCUCCUCACUCCUACACGGUAACAGAGGCAUGGGAAGAACACCAUUAAAUUGGGAUUCAAGAGUAAAGAUCUCACUCGAAUCCGCAAAAGGCAUCGCUCAUAUCCACUCAGAAGGAGGCGCGAAAUUCAGCCAUGGCAACAUCAAAUCAUCGAACAUUCUUCUCACCAAACACCUCGAGGGUUGCGUAUCGGAUCUAGGGUUAGCUCCACUGAUGAACUUCCUCCCAACAAAAUCCCGAUUCAUUGGAUACUACGCUCCGGAGGUAAUCGAAACCCGAAAAUUCACACACAAAUCCGAUGUUUACAGUUUCGGAGUCCUGCUUCUUGAGAUCUUGACCGGAAAAGCUCCGCUUCCGCUCCCGUCGUCCAGUCAAGAGGAGGUGGUUGAUUUGCCGCGGUGGGUCCGGUCGGUGGUUCGGGAGGAAUGGACGGCGGAGGUGUUUGAUGUGGAAUUAAUGAAGGAACAACAUGUGGAGGAGGAGAUGGUGCAGAUGCUUCAGAUUGGGCUUGCGUGUGUGACUAGGGUUCCGGAUAUGAGACCGUCGAUGGAGGAAGUUGUUAGGAUGAUUAGUGAUUUACGGCCGUCGGAAUCUUCUGAUAAUCGGCCGUCGUCGGGAGGAUAAUAGGUCUAAUGUGGCUACUCCCUGAUUGUUUUGAUCUGUAGUUCCGACUUCCUAUUGAUUUCCAUAUGGGGGUUGUUUUUAUAUUAUUCAAAGUUGCAAAA